UUCUCUUCCUCGCACGCGUGUAUCUUAGCAUUCUUCGUCUUCUUCUCUCUCUAAUCCCUCUAUCUGCGAUCCUCGUCAAAACCCUAGUUUGGGAUCGCUUGAGACUGGGUAAUUCCCAAUUCUACUGCUGCUCCGUUUUCUCUGAGUCAGCGAUUCGCUAUAAGUGCGCAGGACCAGCACACCGUAGAUAAUUUGAUUCGCUGCUUCUCCGUUUCGCAACUGAUCAGUGAUCAUUCACUUUUCUACCGGUUCCUUGUUCAAUUCUCCUUUGCGUUGAGGAUUGACCGACGCUCAAUCGCGGGUUUUCUUCGGGAGAUGCUUUGUGUCUCAUCAUGAAGCUCAGAAAAAGACGGGCUUCUGAAGCGCCUCCCACAAUCAGAUCUUUCAUCAGCAGCGUUACUGCUGUUCCGCUCGAGCAAAUAGAAGAGCCUCUUAAAUAUUUUCGUUGGGAAUUCAAUAAGGGUGACUUCCAUCACUGGGUGGAUCUCUUCAACCAUUUUGAUACAUUUUUUGAUAAGCACAUAAAACCAAGAAACGAUUUGCACAUUGAAAAUAACUUUUUGGCUUCUGAUCCUCCUUUCCCAAAGGAAGCUGUUCUGCAAGUCCUCCGAGUUAUCAGAAUAGUUUUAGAGAAUUGCACGAACAAGCAUUUCUAUAGCUCUUAUGAGCAGCAUCUUUCCCUACUGCUUGCAUCAACGGAUGGAGAUAUCGUUGAAGCUUGCCUGCAGACUUUGGCUGCCUUUUUGAAGAGGCAAACUGGAAAAUACUCCAUAAAAGACGCUUCACUGAAUUCGAAGCUAUUUUCACUUGCGCAAGGUUGGGGAGGAAAAGAGGAGGGUCUUGGCUUAACUUCAUGUGCUACAGAAACCGGUUGUGAUCAGAUCUCUCGCCAGUUAGGUUGCACCCUUCAUUUUGAGUUUUAUGAUUCAAGUGAUUCAUCAACUGAACUUCCCGAAGGUUUACAAAUUAUCCAUGUACCUGACGUCAACUUGCAUUCAGAAUCUGAUCUGGAACUUCUAAACAAAUUAGUUUGCGACUACAGUGUUCCUUCCAGUUUAAGAUUCUCCCUGUUGACCAGAUUGAGGUUUGCUAGGGCAUUCUGGUCUCUGGCGACACGGCAGCAGUAUACGUGCAUCCGCUUGUAUGCCUUCAUUGUUCUUGUUCAGGCAAGCAGUGAUACCGACAACGUUGUUUCGUUCUUUAAUGAAGAACCUGAGUUUGUCAAUGAGUUAGUUACACUGUUAAGCUAUGAGGACAUUGUUCCAGAAAAAAUGAAGAUAUUAUGUUUGCUUGCCUUGGUUGCACUGUCACAAGACCGAACUCGUCAGCCUACUGUUUUGACUGCGGUAACAUCUGGCAGGAAUCGUGGCAUGCUAUCUAGCCUCUUGCAGAAAGCUAUUGAUUCUGUUACUCAUAAUACUUCCAAAUGGUCUUUGGCUAUUGCGGAGGCCUUAUUAUCCCUUGUUACGGUUUUGGUUUCAUCAUCAUCCGGAUGCUCGGCCAUGCGAGAAGUUGGACUUAUUCCUACCCUGGUGCCGCUGAUCAAAGAUACAGAUCCUCAGCAUUUGCAUUUGGUCUGUACAGCUGUGAGCAUAUUAGAAGCCUUCAUGGAUUACAGCAAUCCAGCUGUUGCACUUUUCAGGGAUUUGGGUGGCUUAGAUGAUACUAUCUCUCGAUUGAAACUGGAAAUCUCUCUCACAGAAGAUGAUUUAAAAGAAAAUGGUGGGGGUUUAGAUGGUAAUGAAAGUGGUUCACAAGGUGUUACUGGUUCUCUUGUCGGGGGUUCUCAUACUGGACAAAUCCCCUACUCUGAUGUGUCAAUUUCGUACAACAGGAGAUUGUUUCUGAAAGCCUUGUUACGUGCCAUAUCUCUUGGAACUUAUGCACCCGGGAACACCACUCGCAUCUAUGGUUCUGAGGAAAACUUGCUGCCUGAAUGCUUAGUAAUUAUGUUUCGGAGGGCGAAAUAUUUUGGUGGUGGAGUAUUCUCGCUUGCGGCAACUGUCAUGAGUGAUCUUAUCCAUAAAGAUCCUACUAGUUUUCACACAUUAGAUUCAGUUGGUAUCAGUUCCGCCUUUCUUGAUACUAUCUUGGAUGGGGUUAUUUGCUCUGCAAAGGCGAUAACAUGCAUUCCUCAAUGUCUUGAUGCAUUGUGCCUCAGCAACAGCGGCCUUCAGGCUGUAAAGGACCGUAACGCCUUGAGGUGUUUUGUCAAAGUAUUUACUUCUAAAUCGUAUUUUCGAGCUCUCACAGGCGAUACACCUAGUUCUUUGUCAAGUGGGCUUGAUGAACUCUUACGACACCAAUCUUCAUUGCGUACGCAUGGAGUUGAUAUGCUCGUUGAGAUCCUAAAUACCAUAUUGAAAAUUGGAUCUGGGCAUGAGGCUACGACUUCUAUAUCAACGGACGUGCAUGUUGGUACUACACCGGUUCCUAUGGAAACUAAUGUGGAUGAGAAGAGCUUGGCUGUAUCAGAAGAGGCGGAAUCAUCUUCUGAUACUAUUUCAGCGAACAUUGAGGAAUUUCUGCCAGAUUGUGUGUGUAAUGUCGCUCGUCUUUUUGAAACAGUUCUCCAGAAUGCUGAAGUAUGUCGGCUAUUUGUUGAGAAGAAAGGGAUUGAUGCUGUCUUGCAGCUUUUCACUUUGCCUCUGAUGCCUGUAUCUACCUCUCUUGGUCAGAAUUUCUCGGUUGCUUUUAAGAACUUCUCUCCUCAGCAUUCAGCUUCUAUGGCCCGAACUGUGUGCUCAUACCUAAGAGAACAUCUUAAGCAUACAAAUGAACUUUUGGUUUCAAUUGAAGGGACUCAACUUCUUACGUUAGCAUCAGUGGAACAAACUAAAAUUUUGAGAUCUCUUUCCGGUCUAGAAGGUAUGUUAUCCCUCUCCAGUUUUUUGUUGAAGGGAACAGCUUCAGUCGUGUCUGAACUGAGUGCAGCUGAUGCGGAUAUAUUGAAAUAUCUUGGACAAACAUACAUGGAAACAAUUUGGCAGAUGGCAUUGUAUAAUGAUUCCAAGGAGGGUGAAAAGAAAGGUGUUGAUCAGGAAGCCAAUAGUUCAGUUGCAGCUUCAUCUAAUGUCGUUGCAAGAGAGAGUGAUGAUGAUUCGAGCAAUGCUUCCACAAUACGAUAUAUGAAUCCGGUAUCUGUUAGAAGCAAUAAUUUUCAGUCUAUUUGGGGCGGGGAUCGUGAAUUCCUUUCUGUUAUUCGCUCAAGUGAAGGUAUUCAUGGUCGUACUGCUCAUGCAAUAGCCCGCAGGAUUCGUCGGCACCUAGAAGCUUUUAAUUUCAGUUCAGAGAUCCCACCUAAUCUACCAGAAACUUCAUCUUCCCAGACGCUGAAAAAGAAAAGCACUGAUGUUCUCAUUAUUGAGAUUUUAAACAAGCUCAAUUCGACACUACGCUAUUUCUUCACAGCUCUCGUGAAAGGGUUUACCUCUCCCAAUCGCCGCAGAAUUGAUGGAGCAACAUUAAGUUCAGCAUCUAAGACUCUAGGUAUUGCACUAGCUAAAAUGUUUCUCGAAGCUCUUAAUUUCCAGGGCUAUUCUGCUGUUGCUGGCCAUGAUAUCCCUCUAUCAGUAAAAUGCCGAUACCUUGGGAAGGUUGUAGAUGACAUCACUGCUCUGACAUUUGAUACUCGGCGCCGGACCUGUUUUACAGCAAUGGUGAAUAGUUUUUAUGUUCACGGGACAUUUAAGGAACUUCUCACCACCUUUGAAGCUACAAGUCAGUUGUUAUGGACAUUACCGUUCAAUAUUCCUGCCCAUGGCAUUGAGAAUGAAAAGCCCAAAGAAGGGGAUGGAUUAUCUCACAGCUCGUGGCUGGUCGACACACUGCAAAGCUACUGUCGAACACUUGAAUAUUUUGUGAAUUCUGCAUUUCUGUUAUCUCCAACCUCUACUUCUCAGAUGCAGCUGCUAGUCCAGCCAGCUUCGGUGGGUUUGUCGAUCGGUCUCUUUCCUGUUCCCAGGGAACCAGAAGCCUUUGUGCGAAAUCUGCAAUCUCAGGUUCUGGAUGUCAUUCUACCUAUUUUGAACCACCCUAUGUUUCCAGAUUGUAAUCCUAAUUUUGUAGCUUCAAUUACUGCCCUCGUAACACAUAUCUACUCUGGUGUUGUGGACACGAGGCAAAAUCACAGUGGUAUUUCUAGGAGUUCAAACCAAAGAGUCUUACCCCCGCAGCUUGAUGAGGCUACUGUUGCCACGAUCGUUGAAAUGGGAUUCUCAAGGGCAAGGGCUGAAGAAUCUCUGCGACGGAUUGGAACCAACAGUGUUGAAAUGGCUAUGGAGUGGUUGUUUAGUCAUCCUGAGGAUCCUGUGCAAGAAGAUGAUGAGCUGGCUCGAGCACUUGCACUUUCUCUUGGAAACUCAUCUGAAAUUCCAAAAGUUGAUGGUGCAGAAAAGCCUGUAGAUUCUCCACAGGAAGAAGCAGAGCCCAAAGAACCACUUGUAGAUGAUAUUAUUGUUGCAUCCGUGAAGUUAUUCCAGAGUAAUGAUUCGAUGGCAUUUCCAUUGACUGAUUUGUUUAUGACACUAUGCCGUCGAAAUAAAGGGGGAGAUAGACCAAAAGUUGUUUCACAUCUUAUUCAGCAACUGAAGCUUACACCUCUGGACUUCUCCAAGGAUACUGGUGCUUUGACUGUGAUAGCCCAUAUUCUAGCAUUAGUUCUUUUGGAAGAUGAUAACACACGAGAAAUUGCUGCAGAGGAUGGAAUUGUGUCUGUAGCAAUUGAUAUCUUGACGGAUUUCAAGUUAAAAAAUGAAUCAGCGAAUGAGAUUCUGGCUCCAAAAUGCGUUAGCGCUUUGCUUCUUGUUUUGAGCAUGAUGUUGCAGACUCGACCAAGAGUGUCUUCUGGAACUGCUGAAGCAAAUCAAAGCGGAUCCCUGCAUGGUUCUUCUGAGCAGCACGAUUCUUCAUUGGACUCAGCGGCAGCUUUUACGAAAAGACUGGCAUCGGAUAUCGAUAACAAGGAGCGAGACCCUCCUUUUGAAAUGAUUUUUGGAAAAUCUACAGGCUACCUUACAGCUGAAGAGGGUCAAAAAGCUUUAUUAAUCGUCUGUGACCUUAUAAAGCAGUGUGUUCCGGACAUGGUCAUGCAGGCUGUCCUUCAGUUAUGUGCUCGUUUAACCAAAACACAUUCUUUGGCUAUUCAGUUUCUUAAAAAUGGAGGAUUGCCUUCUCUUUUUAGCCUUCCGAAAAAGUGUUUUUUCCCGGGGUACGAUACUGUUACUGCUGUUAUUGUACGACAUCUUGUUGAAGAUCCUCAGACCCUUCAAAUUGCUAUGGAAUCAGAAAUACGACAGAUAUUGAGUGGGAAGAGACAUAUUGGGCGGAUAUUACCUCGGACAUUCUUGACAACAAUGGCACCUGUAGUUUCAAGGGAUCCUGUGGUUUUCAUGAAAGCCGUGGCUUCAACUUGUCAGCUGGAGUCAUCAGGGGGGAGGGAAUUUGUGGUGUUGUCAAAGAGCAAAGAAAAGCCAAAAGUUUCUGGCAGUGAACACGGAUUUUCUUCAAAUGAACCUCUCAGAAUUUCUGAACAUAAGCCUCAGGAUGGGUCGGGAAAAUGUUCAAAAGGUCAUAGAAAGGUCCCCGCUAAUUUAUCUCAAGUAAUCGAUCAGCUUAUUGACAUCGUAUUGAGAUUCUCGGGGGCAAAGGGGCAGGAAGAUGAUGAAACCUAUUUGGAUAUGAUGGAGGUGGACGAACCUACCACUACAGUCAAGGGUAAAUCAAAAGUCGGUGAUGCUAGGAAAGCUGAGUUUGGAUUUGAGAAAUCUGAAGGGUUAGCUAGGGUAACAUUUAUCCUUAAGUUGUUGAGUGAUAUUACUCUCAUGUAUGUACAUGCAACCAAUGUCAUACUGAAACGAGAUGCAGAUUUAUCACAGCUCAGAGGAUCCAGCCAACCUGAUGAUUCACCUGGACAUGGAGGGGUGCUUUAUCAUAUAAUUCAUCGCCUGCUUCCUAUAACUAUAGACAAACUUGCUGGACCUGAUGAGUGGAAGAAGAAACUGUCUGAAAAGGCUUCCUGGUUUUUAGUUGUUUUGUGCAGCCGUUCUAGUGAAGGACGCAAAAGAGUAAUCACUGAGCUCGCAAAGGUUUUAUCUUCGUUUGCAGUGUCAGGAAGAAAUUCUAGCAAAAACCUUUUGUUACCAGAUAAAAGAGUUCUUGCUUUCGUUGAUUUGGUGUCCGAUAUUCUGUCAAAGAAUUUAUCUUCCAGCAAUUUACCUGGGUCUGGUUGUUCGCUUGAUGUGGCAAAGAGCAUGAUAGAUGGGGGAAUCAUCCAGUGUUUGACAGACAUUCUUCAAGUGAUCGAUCUUGAUCACCCCGAUGCUCCAAAACUUGUGACACUUAUUCUUAAGUCUCUCGAGACAUUGACAAGGGCUGCAAAUGCUACUGAGCAGGUUCCCAAAUCUGAAAGUUCAAACAAGAAAAAAAGCACAGGUUCAAAUGAGAGACAUAAUAAUCGUGAAACUUUAAAUGAGACUGAAGCUGACGAGCAUAACCAAAAUUGCAGCAGCCAGCAAGGAGUAACAGAUGCAACGCUGAAUGGACUGGAGCAGCCUCAAGUUGCCUCUCAAAGUGAAGGUGAACAUGAUUCGAAUCAAACCAGAUCUUUUCCUCAGGACAUGAGGAUAGAGGUAGAUGAGACAAUGCCCUCAGAACCUAUUCAGAUGGAUUUUAUGUGUGAAGACAUUGAAGGUGGGGUAUUACACAACACCGAUCAAAUCGAAAUGACUUUUCAUAUUGAGAAUAGAGCUGACCAUGAUGUAGAUGAUGACAUGGGAGAUGAUGGUGAGGACGAAGAAGAUGACGAUGAGGGAGAUGACGAGGAUGAAGAAUUAGUGGAAGAUGGAGCAGGUAUUAUGUCGCUUGCUGAAACUGAUGUGGAAGACCCUGAGGAUGCUGGUCUUGGAGAUGAAUAUAACGAUGACAUGAUUGAGGAAGAUGAUGAUGAUGAUUUCCAUGAAAAUCGUGUAAUAGAGGUCCGAUGGAGGGAAGCUCAUGAUGGGCUGGAUCACUUUCAGAUUCUUGGACAGCCUGGAGGUGGAAAUGGUUUUAUUGAUGACCUUGCCGCUGAGCCUUUUGAAGGAGUGAAUGUGGACGAUCUUUUAGGUCUUCGCAGACCCUUGGGCUUCGAGCGUCGACGCCAAAUUGGCAGGGCUUCUUUUGUUAGAUCUGGUUCAGAAGUGCAUGGUUUUCAACAUCCACUCUUCUCCAGACCUUUGCAAACGGCUGAUAUGGCCUCACUCUCAGCAACUGCUGGUAAUUUAUCUAGGGAUUCAGAAGCUGGGAAUUAUGAUGUGGGGCAGUUUUAUAUGUUUGAUACACCUGUUCUACCCUAUGAUCAAGCAUCAAGUAAUCUUUUUGGUGAUCGCUUGGGAGGUGGGGCACCGCCACCUCUGACGGAUUAUUCUGUGGAUUCAUCAAGAAGAUGGGCUAGUGAUGGUCGGUGGACUGAUGAUGGUCAUCCACAACCAAGUACCCAAGCUGCUGCAAUUGCUCAGGCAGCAGAAGAACAGUUCAUUUCUCGCUUGCACGCUUCUGCUCCAGCAAGAAUUGUUGUUGAAAGGCAGCCCCAUAGUUCAGAAGUUCAAGAACAGCAGCAAUCAGAUGCUCAUCCAGCUGAUGACAGCCAAACCGUUUUGGGGGAUGGUAACAGAAGCCACCAGCAUUGUGAAGGACUGGGACAAUCAAAUAAUAACAACAGUGUUAAUGAUGCACCUGAUGCAACAGUUCAGAUUGCCAAUCAAGAUCAAGCUAAUAUAGCAUCUCCUACUGUCCAUGAUGCAGGUGAAUGCCUCCAGCAGCAUGAACUGUAUAUUCAGCCCCGUCCUCUGAAUAGUGCAUCCAAUGCGAUUGACAGAAUGGAAGUUGCGGAAAGUAAUGGAAUUGCUGUUGGACAAUCUGACGUCGACUCAGCUCCUCUCAUCUCCCCUACCCAAGGUCAACACGGUGAUCCUGCCAAUAUUGAAAAUGUAUCUGUUACUGGGAUGUCUCUUCCAGAUAAUGGUCUUACUUCUAUGGUUCAAGCAAGUACAGAUGUAGAUAUGGGUUGUGAUAGUGCAGAGGGAAAUCAAAAUGUUCUACCUUUGCGUUUGGCCCGUGACACCAAUGAGCUUUCAUCCGUGGGAGCCACAGAAGUUGCAAUGGAAGGCGAACAAGUUUCUCAAGAUACUUCGAAUAACGGGCCCUCCGGAGCCAAUGCCAUUGAUCCUGCAUUCUUGGAGGCGCUACCUGAAGAUUUGCGGGCUGAAGUCCUUGCUUCACAGCAAGCUCAGUCAGUUCAGCCUCCUGCUUAUGCACCGUCUCCAGUAGAUGACAUAGAUCCUGAGUUUUUGGCUGCCCUUCCCCCAGAUAUCCAGGCAGAAGUUCUAGCUCAACAAAGGGCACAGCAAAUCGUACAGCAGUCUCAGGGACAGCCAGUUGACAUGGAUAAUGCCUCGAUUAUAGCGACUUUACCUGCUGAUUUACGUGAAGAGGUUCUCUUAACUUCGUCAGAAGCUGUUUUAGCAGCUUUACCUUCUCCUUUGCUUGCCGAAGCUCAGAUGCUCAGAGACCGAGCAAUGAGUCACUAUCAGGUUCGUAGUCUUUUCGGCGGUAGCAGGCUGAAUAAUCGGAGGAAUGGUUUGGGAUACAAUAGGUCGGCAGGAACGGACAGAGGUGUAGGAGUCACCAUUGGUCAGAGUGCUGUUACAUCUGCUGCAGAUGGCUUGAAAGUAAAAGAGAUUGAAGGAGAACCUCUUCUGAAUGUCAAUGGCUUGAAAUCGCUUGUCAAGCUCUUACGACUAGCUCAGCCUUUGGGAAAAGGUCUUCUGCAGAGACUUCUGCUAAACCUAUGUGCACACAGUGUUACAAGAGCAAAAUUGGUUCUACUUUUGCUGGAUAUGAUAAGGCCAGAAACUGAAAUUUCAACAAGUGGGCUGGAAACAACUAACCCACAGAGGCUUUAUGGUUGUCAAUCGAAUGUUGUUUAUGGACGAUCCCAGUUGUUGAAUGGUGUUCCUCCCUUGGUUUUCCGUCGGGUGCUUGAGGUUUUGACUUACAUGGCAACGAAUCAUUCGGCUGUGGCUGACAUGUUGUUCUACUUUGAUUCAUCACUUAUAUCUCGGUUGUCAGGCCCAAAUCCCUCAGGAGAUGAAGACAAGGGCGAGGAGACAGCCACUGAGAGAAUUAUUCCUGUGAAAUCUGUGACACAGUCUUGGGACCUUGAAAUACCUCUGGUUCUCUUCCUGAAGUUGCUUAGUCGGCCUCUGCUCUUACAGAGUACAUCUCAUCUUGGACAGGUCAUGGGCUUGCUUCAAGUAAUUGUCAACACGGCAGCCUCAUUAAUUGAGGGUUGGUCGCCAUCAUCAGGGGCACUUGAGAAUUCAGAAAACAAGCUUGUGGAUGAGGAAGCUUCAAAUGAAACAAGAAAAGAUCCUGAAUCUAGCCAGGGAAACAAAGCAGAUGAAACAGAUUUAUCGGUCUCAGGAAGGAAGAAAUGUGCUGAAACAUAUAAUGUUUUCCUGCAGUUGCCUCAGUCUGAUCUCCGCAAUCUCUGCAGUCUUCUUGGUCGUGAGGGGCUGUCAGAUAAAAUUUAUUCGCUCUCUGGAGAAGUGCUGAAGAAACUGGGUGCAGUUGCUGUGGCUCACCGCAAGUUCUUCACAAAAGAACUCUCAGAAUUAGCUAGCAGUUUGAGUGCUUCUACUGUCAAUGAGUUAACCAUUCUCAGGAAUGCACAAAAGAUAGGUCUCAGUACGGGUUCCAUGGCUGGAGAGUCAAUCCUGCGAGUACUGCAAGUACUUAGUUCACUUACUUCCCCUGCUAAUAAUAACAAUGUGGGAAGCGUGAGUGAAACAGAACAGGAGGAACAAGAUGUUAUGCUGGGAUUAAACAUGGCCUUAGAACCCUUGUGGCAAGAACUGAGCGAGUGUAUUACUAUGACUGAGAUGCAGCUAGAUCAUACUGUGCCUACAACCACGUCCAAUGUAAACCCCAGAGAUCAUGUCCAAGGAGCCUCUCCUUCAUCCCCUCUUCCUCCAGGAACCCAGAAGCUCCUACCUCUUAUUGAGGCUUUCUUUGUUCUCUGUGAAAAGAUCCAAAUUAAUCUGUCAAUCUUGCAGCAAGAUCAUGCAAAUGUGACAGCUGGAGAAGUUAAGGAGGCUGCCCAUGGCUCCUAUUCUGUGAACUCUACAUCAGUUUUGGAUUCCCAGAAAAAGCUUGAUGGAUCUGUUACAUUUGCAAAGUUUGCUGAGAAGCACAGGCGUCUUCUGAAUGCAUUUGUUAGACAGAAUCCAAGUUUGUUGGAGAAGUCACUUUCUAUGAUGUUGAAGGCACCAAGGCUGAUUGACUUUGACAACAAGAAAGCAUAUUUCAGGUCAAGGAUAAGGCAACAGCACGACCAACACAUUUCUGGGCCAUUACGUAUCAGUGUCCGUCGUGCUUACGUACUGGAAGAUUCAUACAACCAGUUGCGUAUGCGUUCCCCGCAGGAUCUGAAAGGACGGUUGAAUGUGCAAUUUCAAGGUGAGGAAGGUAUUGAUGCUGGUGGUCUGACUAGAGAAUGGUAUCAGUUACUGUCGAGGGUUAUAUUUGACAAGGGAGCUUUGCUCUUCACAACCGUUGGAAACAAUGUGACCUUCCAACCGAAUCCCAAUUCUGUAUACCAAACCGAGCAUCUCUCAUACUUCAAGUUUGUGGGUCGUGUGGUGGCAAAGGCAUUGUUAGACGGGCAGCUUUUGGAUGUUUAUCUGACUCGUUCCUUCUAUAAACACAUACUUGGUGUAAAGGUGACUUACCAUGAUAUAGAGGCGGUUGAUCCCGAUUACUACAAGAAUUUGAAGUGGUUGUUAGAGAAUGAUGUGAGCGACAUACUGGACCUGACAUUUAGCAUGGAUGCAGAUGAGGAAAAACACAUCCUUUAUGAGAAGGCUGAGGUGACGGAUUACGAGCUUAAACCUGGAGGACGAAACAUACGGGUGACAGAAGAAACCAAGCAUGAAUAUGUUGACCUUGUAGCCAGCCACAUAUUGACUAAUGCUAUCCGGCCUCAAAUCAACGCGUUCCUUGAAGGCUUUAAUGAGUUAAUACCACGGGACCUCGUAUCGAUGUUCAAUGAUAAAGAGCUUGAGCUGCUUAUAAGUGGGCUGCCUGAAAUUGAUUUGGACGAUCUAAAAGCAAACACCGAGUAUACUGGUUACACACCGGCAUCUCCCGUUGUUCAAUGGUUCUGGGAGGUAGUUAAAGCUUUUAGCAAAGAAGACAUGGCUAGGCUACUGCAAUUUGUCACUGGAACAUCAAAGGUUCCAUUGGAGGGAUUCAAGGCGCUGCAGGGAAUAUCUGGCCCUCAGAGAUUCCAAAUCCACAAAGCUUAUGGAGCUCCAGAGCGGCUACCAUCAGCUCAUACAUGUUUCAACCAGCUGGACCUCCCAGAGUAUUCAUCGAAGGAACAACUUCAGGAGCGUCUUUUGCUUGCAAUUCACGAGGCCAGUGAAGGAUUCGGGUUUGCUUGAACAAAGCUUCUCGAGCCAGAGCCGCCACCAUCAGAACCAGUGAAAACCGUCCAUCCUCCCUUGUUGACUCCUUGUACAUAUUGCUAGAUUUUCGGAUGCGACGGAUGCGGUGAGCAACGAAGGCGGGACGGAAGACAGCUUUUCUGUUCUGUGGAAGCCUUGCGGGGUGAAAGAGAUCAGAAUGAAUCCCCCUUUGAACAAAGAGAGUGUUAUGAUUCAGAAUUUGAGGGAGUCAUUACAGAUUUUAGUAUUUCAGCAGACGAAGAGGAGGAAAACUUAAGCUAUAUAUCUUUAUAAUAUGUUAAUAUUGUGAAUCAGUAUAAUCCUCCAUUAUCUUAUUAGCUUUUGUACACAAGCAUGUCAUAUUUGGGCGCACAUAUGGCCUGUGUGUACGGCCCAUCUAAAAUAUAUUAUUGGCGCAGUUAA